AGCAUAUGUGUUCAGUUCAUGCUGACUAGUUUUUACUCUCUUUCACUCUUUACACAUAUCCAUUGUGAAAAUGGUGUGUAUUCUUUAUGCUGCGAUUGUUCUGUCGAAUGAACAUUAAGUUGGUAGCGCUUGUCUAUCGUCAAACACACAAACGAAAACAACUCUUAGUUCAAACGACUGUCAAGCAGCAGCUGGUGCGUAGUUUUGUUAACGUCGACUUUGCAUCGAAUCAAACGAAGUUUACAAUGAAAUUUCAUUUAUUUCGAUUUAUAAAUUGUUGUUGUCUUUGUGAUGUAAAUUAAAAAUAUCAAAAUUCGUGACAAAAAUCAUUUUUUUCACAUCGACGAUCAUGGGCUGGCUUUCAUUGUGCAUAGUAUUUGUGAGCGUUUAUUUGGUGGUGGCAAAGGAGCCAAACCUUUUUUUGAGUCAACAGUUUGAUGUGCAGUUAAACGAAGGGGAAAAGCAAUAUCGGCUCAUUCAAUCGAACGCAAAUUUGCCGCAGUACGGACGAUGUUGGACCGAAGCGAUUCGACAAAUUGAUGUGACUUGUACAGAUCUUAACGAGAAGACACAAGCGAUGCUCGCCCUUCGUUUUACCAAAUGCUUUAUGGCAAUGAGUGGCGGUGACCGAGAUGCAGGCUCUAAGUUAGAUGCAUGCGAGGACACCGAAUGCAUUGGAAACAUGAACGAACGUGUUUUCUCAGUAUACACGCACUUCUAUACUCACACGCAGAACAUUUGUUUCUACCUUAUGCACCAAGUAUGGCAUGCGGAAACCGAGAAAACAAUUCAUUUGUUAAAGUCGCAUUCACAAUCGGUGAGUAAGCAGCUCAUUGAACAGGGCCUGCAGCUCGAAUUGGCUGGCCGUUUGCAAAUCAAUCUACUGACACAACAACGCGAAGGAUUGAAAUUACAACAGAAAUUGGUGGCACAUGGUGUUAAUUUGUCGGAAGUGUUAAGUGAUUCGCAGAACAGUUUAUCGCGAUUAACGGAACAGUUUCGCAAUUCAACCAUUGAACAGGGCCGGCAGUUGGGUGAUUUGUUUCAGCGGCUAUCACAGUUUCACAAUUGGAUCGUCGGAGAGUAUACGUUUGUCGAGCAAAUCAUGUAUUUUUCCGUGCUGUUAGGAAUAAUUAUGUUGGCAACCACCGCAAAACGAGCAGAGAAUUGCCGGUUUCUACUGUUUUUAUUGGCGGCAGUGAACAUUCUGAUUGAAUCGCUGUUUCAAAAGUAUUUCGGCGCCGAUUAUUUCAUCGAAGACUUGAAAAUUGUGCUGUUUGAAAGUUUGUGGCUGAUUCGAAAAGUGUUUGCCGCCGUUAUGAUCACGGUUUAUGUGGUCAUGACCGUUACAUACGUUGAUUCACAGAAGCUGACACUCAACUUAUUACAACGGAUUAAUGAGCAAAACGCUGAAAUUAUACAGGUUUUGAAGGAUAUGAAGGGGAAACCGAUUGAAGAUUGCAGCGAUAGAAACUUGCGGCAUUUUGAUCGACCAUAUUCAAUGCGUAAAAGUGUUGAACGUGAUGAAAAUGCCGCGAUAUUGAUGCAAAGAGCCGAUGAGUAUUAUAGAAGAUCUCGCAUGACUCCAUCUGUGAUAAGGGAGUUGAGCGUGGACAAAUCAUUCGUGUCCAAUGUUGGCGUCACUACUCGAUUGCGAUCACGACAAGCCACACCGAUUCUGUACAGUUGAUUGCAUGAUGACGUACUUAAACCAUCUUCUAUCUGAUUUAGACAGAUUAAUUCAAAAGACACAUCUCUCUAAAUUAUUCACAUCUUGAAAUUUCCAUGUUAGCAUUUAAUUUAAUAUCGACGGAAUAAAACCCAUUUGCAACUUGUUUUG